AUGCGUGGCCAAAUCUUGCAAGUGGUUAGAACAAACGAUGGCAACGACAAUACGUUUAUCAUAGCUCCAGCUGUCCCGCAGGUCAGCGUAGUACCAGUUUUAACAAAGAAAGCCAUGUCCACAGGUAAUGGUCAAUCUCAGGACAUAGCUUCUGCGACCACCGCUUUCGAAAAGGAUUUUAACCGAAUACAAAUAGCUGCGGCCCGUUUGGUCGCUAUACAAGAGACUGCAAAACGUAAGGGAUCUUUCAGCAAUGAAGAUAAUCGGAUCUACGCCGAAAGUUUACUGGAAUUGGGGCAUGCGGCACAGAACCUGGCCAAUUUGCAGCAAAGUGGCCAGAUUAAAGAUUUCAGUUUACUCCUUCAACCCGAUUUUCAAUUACCGCCCAAACAACCACUCCAACCAACCGAGACGGUAUCUGGCAACGAAAGCCAGAAAGUCGAAGAAGUAACUGAACAACAGUUCAAUGAAGAGGAGUUCCUGCCCCCAAACACCGAAGAUCCGUAUGAAGACGUCAGUGAUACAGUAGCGGUAACAGCGCCGAAGAAGGAUGCUUCUGUUGCUGAAGCUAAACCCGUGGGCCUGUCGAUUGCCGGAGAAGGAGGUGUAGCAUCAUCCAAGCCGAACGCUGUGGCACUGUCUGGACGUAACGGUCUGGCUGUGGCUGCUCCAAAAGCCACCGCUAUCGCAGGUGUGUCGGCAGAAGAGGCAGCUGCGUUCAGUGUAGCUGUGCCCAAUAGAAAUAACUUGGUUAUUAAAAACGUGAAUCGCCUACCUCAGCGCCCGAUAUAUGAUGACUACAGUGAAGACUACGGUGACGUUUCAUCUGUCCGCUCAGCAUUUACCCGCGAUUCGAUCGAUGCACGUGACUCGCCACCACCUUCUGUGAUUAGUAAAAAAAAUAGGAACGGGGGUUCAUUGGUCGGAAGUACGGCUGGCGGCAUCGCCGACGCAUUUGUCGAUAAAUGGAAAACAAUGGUGGCAGAGGAGUACGCUGCGUCAGCGCGCAGCGCUCAACUGGCAACGAAGGAUUCAUUCAAUAGAUUAGAUAAAUUUUCAAAAAGUUCCCCAAAUAAAAAAGCAUUAUAA